GAAGGGAGCCUUAGUGAAAACAGGCAUUGGAGUUGGACCUAUAGGGGUUCAAAUGCGACUUCUUUCCACCGCCGUCGGGCUGUGCGAUCUUGGGCAAGUCACCCGGUGGCUCUGGGACUCACUUUCCCCGUCUGUGAAAUGGGGAUACUGACACCUACACCUGGCCACGUUUUGGGGAGGAGCCACUGGGAGAACCUAGCGAGGCUCAAGCCAGCCGCUUCCCUGCCUGGCGCGCCCCGGCCACCCGAUGACGAGGCCCGGCGGGGGCAGGAGGCCGGGGCGGGGCGGGAGGAAGGAAGAGCCGGCCCGGUGGACUCUCGCCCCGCUCCGCCCCGCGCUGCGGCCGAGCCGAUGGCGCCUGCGGCGGGGCGCUGGGCGCCGGCCCUGUGGAGGGCCUGCAACUGGCUCAUGGCCGCCUUCUUCGCGCUGGCCGCCGCGGUGCAGGUAAAUGAUCCAGAUGCAGAAGUCUGGAUGGUGGUGUAUAUGAUACCUGCGGUACUGACUCUGCUUGUUGGACUUAACCCCCUUGUCACAGGGAACUUUAUUUGGAAGACUGUCUCUACAAUGCACAUAUUCUUCUGUAUCUCGUGGGCUGUCGGCUUGGCGUACUACCUCAUGCUUCAUACACAACAGAACAUCAUACAUGAGGAAGAAGGCAGGGAGCUGUUUGGUCUGGUGAUUAUUACAGCAUGGAUGAGCCUAUGCCACAGUUCAUCAAAGAAUCCAGUUGGUGGACGAGUUCAGUUGGCUAUUGCCGUUGUGAUUGCUCUUUUCCCACUUAUCUCCUGGAUCUACAUAUAUGUACACAAGGAGAUGCGAUCCUCCUGGCCAACUCACUGCAAGACAGUAAUUUAAAUGAAGUCAAGAAUCCUGUUCUUAAAAUGAGUAUUUUCAAUUUUUUAUAAACAUGGUUGUAACAAGCCAGUUUCCUAGGAGUUAAUUUCAGGUAAUUUGAGCUAAUACUAGAGAUUUUUUUUUUUUAAUCCUAAGAACUUUUUAAGGCUGCCUACAAUACAACGUAGGAUUGGACGAGACUAGUAAGAGACAGGUCUGACAUUCUCUUGUGUCAGAGUGUAGUAGAAAAGAACAAAAGUUAAGAAAUAGGAAUUCCAAAUCAGCAUAUUGCUAUCUACGUGACUUGGGCAAAUAUAUAAAUCUCCUGGUGGAUAUUUAUUUAUCCAUAAAAUAGAAUUAAUACCAGAUCUCCUACUUACUUAUACUGUUGCAAGGAUUAAACUAGAUAAUAUGAGAGCACUCCGAAAAUAUAAUGUGCUUACAAAGGGCUGCACGUGAUUAAAAUAGAGGGAAGCAGGGUCUGGGUAACACGUUAGAAACAGAGGUUCAAGAGCGGGCUGGACCCCUGAACUAAUCUCAUUAUAUGGAGCUGGUACAGAGCCAGGAACUGAGGACUCCAGAUGAACCAAAGGAGCAAGCAUGUCUUGGAAAGGAAAGAUGGAUAGAAUAAAGGAAUUUGGGACCAAAAAUAAUAGGGAAUAUUAAUUAUAUUGUAAAUGAAAAAUAAGACCAAAAUCUAUACAUUUUUAAAAAUGAAUAGCAAAAGUAACCUUGAGGAGGAAACUAUUUUAGAGCUGUACUCUCUGAGCUCUAGCUCUAGCUCUAGCCACUAGUCACAUGGUGCACUGAGCACUUGAAAUGCGGCUAGACUGACAGACGAAGUAGUUUUUUCAUUUUUAAUUUAAAAACUGAUAAACCUUAGAACCUUAUUAGAAACUUGUGUUUAGAACACUUGUUUUAAGUGUGUUUUUGUAACAGCUUGGGUAUGUGAAUCUUCUUCAACUGCAAAUUUUAUUGUAUCUAAAUACAGAUCAAGUAUUUCCAAUGAAAAGUUAGUGUCCAAAUGAAUGGGCUAUGAGGAUAAAAUACACACUAGAUUUUGAGGACAUAGCAUAAAAAGAAAGAAUGUAAAAAAAUAUUUUUAUAUUGAUUACAUGUUGAAAUAAUAUUUUACAGAUAUUAGGUUAAAUAAAAUAUA